AUGUAUUCGACUAUUGUUUCACAAUCACCAGUUUCCCCAAGGAUCGUAUCGAAGGAUCAACUAGCAACCCCAUUUACCCAACCCGAUCAUCAGGCAGCAUUUGUAACCCCUGGCGAUCGUCGAGAUCACUCAGCCGUAAAUAAGUCGAUAGCGGAUGCAUACCUACGGAGCACCGGCGCUAAUGUAACAUACAACCACAGCCAAGCUGAAUUCCGCGAGUUCAAUGGCUCCGAGAGCGUGCUUGGUCUUCCCAAUGCAGUCGACCCUUGCCUUCUUGGCGACUUCGAUCUGAAGCAGUUCAAUAUCAAUGAUGGACUCGAAGACAAUACCUUCGGUUCAGACGCGUUUGCGUGGGCGGGAACCAAUGAUACGGACGUGGCUAUGGAUGGGGUGCCAACGGACGGCUUUGCUGCCAAUUCAAUCCAGUUCAACGGAUUCUCUCAAGAAAACCAGGUUGGACUUGGUUUGUCGUUCUCAGAUGCCAAUGCUGAUCAGGAUAAUCAGCCAGGACAGAACUUCGAUCUGAGUGAAGCUGGGCAGAGUCUAUUUGACUUCCCUCCUACAGAGCCGUUUGGUAGCCGAACUCUAGAUUCCAACAUCGGUUAUUCUCAAGACAUCCAUUCCUGGGAUCCUAACUUUCAAGCACCAUCUCAGCUUCUAGACACCACACCCGGAUUUUCUGCGCUUCCUAGUGGCAAUGUCUUUGUACCCGAUAUGUCACAGUAUGCAGCCAUUGGCCAGAAUCCACAGGUGUAUCCUGAUCCUUAUGGUUCAAUGUACCCAGCCCAGCCAUAUUUUCAAUCUAUACAACAUCCGUAUGCGCAACAAUACACCGGAUAUGUCGCGAUGCCAGCAGAGUAUCAUACCGGAACACAACAGCUCGAUACCAUACAGUCUUCGAGGUCUCGCCGAUUCAGUCGUCCCUGCCGGACUUUCACUACUCAUCAGCCACCUCAACGAAAACGUGACCGAUCUGAGUCUGGGUCUGACAACGACGUGUCCGUUGUCAAGCGACCUUGCGGGCAGCCUACCAAACGUGCUCGGUCCUCACCAGAUUCUCGCCACCACUCUGAGGUUUCCAACACCAGCUCCGUGAGCAAGCCAGUCAAGGUAGCUGUGGUCAAAGCUGGAGAGAAACCGAAAAAGUGCGAUGACAAGCCCUGGGUACGUGUCAACAACACGACCAGGGGCGAAACCACACGCACUGCUCGCAUCAAUCAACACGCCGAAGAAGGUCGGAAGUACAAGUUCAAGGAUCUUCCCCAUAGCGAUUGGGAAACCUCCAAAUACAAGUUUGAGUACAGUCAAAACAAUGGUAUGCAUGAGUUCAAGAAGCGCACCAUGUCUGCUCGUCAGAUUCACGAGUACAUCACCCAGUAUCCUUUUGAUAAUCUCCGCAUAUGGAUCCAGCCAGUAGCUUCAGACGUGGCACGUCGUUAUGCUUCUGCCUCUCACAGCCAUUGUCGCUUCGAGAAGUGCCCAAUGCGUGUGUACACUGGCAAAGGCACCGCCGAAGUUGGCAACUACCGCGUCGCAUUCGACGAAAAGCACCGAACGUACGGCACUGGCGUAGCCGAUCCAUAUGACUGCGUCGGUUACGCUCAUUUGUAUUGCAUGGAGCGUUUCUUAGACUUUGCAUACAUCUGCCAGGUUGCUGACGUUAAGGUUGAUCAACGUGUAGCCAUGGAAAAAGAGCCUAGUGGUCGCUUCGGCUCCGCGUUUGGCCCAAAACAUCAUUAUGAAGCGGCAUUGACUAGCAAGUUCAUCGAAGCUGCUAGCAAAGGCCGACUAGCUGAUACUCACGAAUUUUCUGAUUACCCUGUUCAUGAAGACUAUGAGCGCGGUGAACCCAAACCGCACGAACGUACGCUCAUCUACAAACUUUACGGUAUGAACAUGGAGCAUCGUGCAAAAUCGCAGAUGAAACAGUUCAUCCUCCAGCGAAAAAUCCGUCCCGGCUCGUUCCCUGUUCAUCGCGGUGAUAUGGAGGUCAAGCUUGUUGACAAGAAAAUAGAGAAGACCGAUGCCUUUGCGGAAUUCAAGAGGAGUGGGUCUAAAAAGGAUUUCGACUACGCUGCUUACUACGAUUUGUUUCACCCUGAGAUCAAUCGGCGUAUCAAGGAAUGUGAAGAUCUACGGGAUCGAUUCAUCGCCGAGGAUGCAGCGGGAGUUGCUACAAAGCGCUCUAAAACACGUCGAGCAGUUGCUUUUGCGGGAUCUGGCGAUGAGACUCAGGCUCCUAGACGAAAGCGCUCCAAAAAGCGCCAGCCUUCUGAUAGCGGCUCAUCCAGCGACGAACGACCGGCUACCAAAAGCUCGUCCACUAUUCGUAAAGCCGCUGCCGACGAAUCUGAAGACUCGGACGCGUUUGAAGAGAUCGGCACUAGUAUGGAGCAUCGACAACCCCGCCGUUUGAGUCUUCGUAAGAAAGAGCGUAUUGACUACUCUGAACCAGAAGACAUUCCACAGUCCAUUUCCCAAUACAACUAUCUAAUUCCCGGCUACGCACCCGCCCAGGCCUUCGAUACCCGAAAACAGAGUCUUAGCAGCCUCUUUCCCGCCAACAAUGACCCGACGUGGGAUAACUUAGACCUUGAAACCUUUCAUGUUGAUGGUGACGAAGGAUUUAUCGAUGAAGCUGAUAUCGAUGCUCUCAUCAACGCCAAGUGUCGCCGUCAAUCUUCUACUUUAUGCAAAGGACCGAGUGUCUCGGCUCUGAUGUCGCCUAUGCUACAACAUGCGCCUCGUACGGCUAGUUUCAACGUGCAGCCAGUGACUUGUAGUAAGGAAUUUCGACUCGACGACCCGCCGAGUUGUAUCGCUUCGUCAGGUGAUAUUACGCAUGAUAGUCAAGAUCAGUACCAGCAGAAUCGUCGCAGCAAGCGUCUGGCAAGUAAAGUUACAUCGCCUUCGUCAAUUACUGAUUAG